GGCACCGCACCCGGAAGGAAACGCGCCAUUGAAGCACCUCACAACGUGAGCGUUUCGUUAAAGUGCACUCUGUGAGAAAGGUGCAAUUUUUUUCAUCUUAUACCUUCUGUAGGUAUUUUGCAGGAACCAUGGCGUACAGAGGACAAGGACAGAAGGUCCAGAAGGUUAUGGUGCAACCCAUUAACCUAAUUUUCAGGUAUCUACAAAAUCGCUCACGGAUCCAGGUGUGGCUGUAUGAACAGGUGAACAUGCGGAUAGAGGGCUGCAUCAUUGGUUUUGAUGAGUACAUGAACCUGGUUCUAGAUGAUGCUGAGGAAGUUCACAUGAAGACAAAGAACAGAAAGCCACUGGGGAGGAUCAUGUUGAAAGGAGACAACAUUACCUUGCUGCAGAGUGUGUCUAACUAGGACAGUGGAGAUGGCUAUAAAUCCUUCCUCGCCCAGAAUGAAUUCUUUUUCCUUCUUGUUUAGUUUUUGCAGACGGUGUUAAAUAUGUUUAUGUUUAUAUAACAUGAAUAUUGUAAUUUUUUCUUUCUACCACAUGUUUCCAUUUUGAGAAUAAAAUCUUUUUUUCUUACA